AUGUCACUGCUUCACCUUCAGCUGCUAGUGCUCCUGUGUCUUGGAGCCACAGAGCCACAGUCAGAUUCACAGCAGAGGAAAAGAAGGCCACUUCAGCGCCUUUUCUAUUUGGACAGAAAUCUACUUGAAAGCCAGAGUUUUCAUGAGUUGGUGGGGGAAAACCCAGUAGGUGUAAAGGAAACCCAGGAAGAGCCAAGCUUUUUUAUAGCAUUUCCACAGACAGCGGGAGACAGUCAAAAGCAAGGGGAGAAAAAAAUGUCCAGAUUCAUCCUUCCUAAUGCAGAACUCUAUGCACACCAAGAUCUGAGAAACUGGGCAGCACCCAGAGAGAUCUCUCCUGUGGAAAACUUCUCUCCAUCCUACUACUCCAGUAAGAGGGAGGUUGAACCUCCCUAUAGGAAAGAUGCCAAAAAAUUCUGGGACCAUUUCAUGUUAAAGAAGAAUUCAGCUUCUGAAGAGGUUGUUCUGCCAAUCAAGACCAAUGAAAUGCACCAAGAAACCUGCAGAACCCUGCCUUUUUCCCAGCAUAUUGCUCAUGAGAACUGUGAGAAGGUGAUCAUCCAGAAUAAUCUAUGUUUUGGCAAGUGUAGUUCCUUUCAUGUACCUGGUCCAGAGGAUCACCUUUACACCUUUUGUUCUAAAUGCCUACCCACCAAGUUUUCCAUGAAGCACUUGGAUCUCAACUGUACCAGUUCUGUCCCAGUGGUUAAAAAAGUCAUGAUUGUGGAAGAGUGUAACUGUGAGACUCAGAAGACAGAAGAUCCUCUGCCUAAAUCUCUACAGUCAGAUUUUCUUGGAAACGUACCUGAGCACAAUUAA